AUGUUGUAUCUUAUUGGGUUGGGUCUAUCAUACAAGAGUGAUAUAACUGUACGUGGUUUGGAAGCCGUCAAGAAUUGUACUAGAGUGUAUCUAGAGCACUACACAAGUAUUUUGAUGGCUGCUUCCAAAGAAGAAUUAGAAGAAUUCUACGGGAAAGAAGUUAUUUUGGCAGAUAGAGAGUUAGUUGAAAGUGGCUCUGCCGAUAUUUUGCGUGAUGCAGACAAAGAAAAUGUUGCAUUUUUGGUUGUCGGCGAUCCUUUUGGUGCUACUACACAUACUGAUCUUGUUCUUAGAGCUAAGAAGGAUAAAAUCCCAGUAGAGGUAAUCCACAAUGCAUCUGUUAUGAAUGCCGUGGGAUCAUGUGGUUUGCAACUCUAUAACUUUGGCCAAACAAUCUCCAUGGUUUUCUUCACAGAUAGUUGGAGACCAGAUUCUUGGUAUGACAAGGUCAUGGAGAAUAGGAAAAUUGGCCUUCACACACUUGUACUACUAGAUAUCAAGGUCAAGGAACAAAGUUUAGAAAACAUGGCAAGAGGCAGACUAAUCUACGAGCCACCAAGAUACAUGAGCAUCGCUCAAUGCUGCCAACAGCUACUGGAAAUCGAGGAACUACGGGCCGAAAAAGCAUACACUGCAGAUACCCCAGUUGUAGGUAUUAGCAGAUUAGGCUCUCCAACACAAAGUUUUAAGGCCGGUACUAUAAAAGAGCUUGCAGAAUAUGAUGCGGGGGAGCCAUUGCAUUCUCUGGUCAUUCUAGGUAGACAAUCUCAUGAACUGGAAUUGGAGUAUCUAUUGGAAUUUACUGACAACAAAGAGAAGUUUAAAAACGACGUUAUAGCAGAUCAGGAAUACUUUAAACCAGCUCCCUGGGUUCCUCCUGUUGAAGAAGAAGACUAA